CUAAUUGCUGCGACCCACAAAUUGACAUGCACGCGAGUACUACUAACACUAAUCAACUUAAUAAAAAUGCGCUCGGAAUAAAUUUGCGCUCCGACUCGCAAUCAGUGCCGAACGAUUUGCAACUGUGCGGUUGUUACAUGCGCGAAAUCCAACGCAAUCUAAACUCUCAGCCACGUUCAUUAAACAUGAACAUACCUAUCAACCCCAGCACAAAACUGAGCGACAUCCUCAGCAAAAGUCCUGAAAAACACGAACAGAAUCUAGCUGCAUGGAUUGAACCGCGACGUCUUCAACUGGACAAAACAUUAAAUAAACUGUAUAAAAGUCUGCCUGUAUCACCCGUGAGUGAAGAGAAGUUUGACUUUGAGUUUAACUUGGAAGACGAACCACAAUCUUCAUCGCUAAAGAAACACAGUGUAAAUAAAAAGAAAACUCGUAAAAGUUUCAGUUACUUUCUUGAUAUUGAUAAUGAGCAUGAAGUAAAGAGUCAAUCGAACGACGAUAACUUCAGACAAAUAUGCGACGACAUUGAGAAAUUCUCACAGGAUUUCAGUCGUAAUUAUCAAGCGAUUGAAGAUAUAUUUAAUAGCGGAUCAUCGCAUCGUCCGAAAGAGUUAUUCGUGAAUUCCGGUUCGGGUUUUCAAACUUUAGAAAACUCUAAGGCUAAAACCUCCGAGUGGAUUUCAUCACAAUUCGGAGAAACUGUCAAUGACGAUCCUGAGAAUGGUAACUUUAGUUCAGAUUCCCUUGAAGAUUGUAGUUUUAACUCAAUGCGGCCAUGUCGCAAGAAGCAUAAGAAACCGCAACCUCCACGUCGAUGUGUUUCCAACAACGAAUUGUAUAAUUUAACACAAAACGACGAUGAAAAGAUUGAUGAGAAGUAUCUAAACGUUACAAUGUCCAAGAGUUACAGUCAAGGCCAACAAGGACAAGGAUUCUACUUGAAUCAAUCCGCGUAUAAUUCGCAAGAAAGUAUUUUAUCUUCAGAAGAUAAUUUACUGGAUCGUAGAACUCGGUCGUUUUGUAAUAGCAUGGAGAGUAUUCUCAGUAAUGAGUCCGAUUGUAAAUCAGCGCCUUUGGAGUGUUUAUUCAGGGAUUACGACUCAAUGCGACGCUCCAAGUCGUGUAAUUAUACUCUGGAAGUGCCAGUGUUAGCUUCGCCGACGAAAUGUUCGAAAACUGUGCAGACACAGACCGAUUUUGAGACACCGGAGGAAGUCGUGGUGAAAAAAUCAAAAAGUACUGAAUUUCAGCAGAGAUUAUUACGUUUUGAACAGAAGAAACCAGUCGCUUACUUCUUAGAAACGAAUAAAGAAUCAAAAAAGAUGGAGAUUCCGUCGAUGCAGUUCAAAAACGCGCAAUACAAGUCAAAAUAUUGCAAUGUUUUGAAUAAUAAACCAGAGUGUAAUGAGAAACAACUCAUGGGUAAUCCACAGUUUGCAUUGACAACACAAAAUUUACCCUCGAGUAACAACGGCAAUAAUAAUUUAAACACAAAUUUGUCGUUGAAGAAUAAAAAUAAGUUUCAAGAAACAGCUUCGUUGGAUAGACAUUUAUUAUCUAAGGGAUUAUUGGAAUCUUCAGAGAAGAUUUGUCAUAAACCGCCGAAAGCUGUGCGGCGUCACAGCUCAAAAACACGCCGUAGAUCUUCAGCAACAAGAACAACAUAUGAAUACGUUAAAAAGAAGAUUUGAAUAAAGUGAAUUUAGAGAAUUCACCGCCUACAACAACUACAACGACCUCGAUUGAGUUUUCUUAUAAAGAAAACAACACUGAAAAAGAUUUAGAAGAUGUGCAAACUAAUACUAGCACAUCACAAAGUUUAUCCUCGAAUGUAAUAACUGUACAACUCGCGUUUGUAAACAUAAAAAUACUCAAUGAUAUCCAAGAGAAGAUUGCGGGUAUAAAUAAUUUGAUUGAAUUGUAUAAAACUUCUUUAGCUAUCGGAAAGGUUAAAGCGUUGUCAUCUAUGUAUGAUAAUUUAAGUAAAGGUAGUUUAAGUGUUAAACCACCGAGGAGGAAUAUGUCACUGCCGGACUUCUUUGACAUGAAGUUCUACCAGUGCAAUCAGCGCAAUUUCAAUUAUGAUGGAGAAGUUGACGAAAAGGAAG